AUGCCCCUGCUAGCAUAUGCAUCUCCGGCUGGCCGGAUCCGUGCCCGAGAUAAUUCUGCCCUCACCGUGGCGCAGCUCGAGGCUAUUGCACCCACGUCCAAUACGUGCGACAAUCCCCCCGCAGCCGGGGAAUGCGCUACUGCGGAACAAGCAGUCCCGCAUAUAACCAAGUCUUUUGACACUUAUGGCGUGACGUCUCGCGCCGAGCAAGCAGCCGUGAUUGCACUUAUGGCUUUUGAAAGCGGCGAUUUCAAGUAUAACAAGAACCACUUUCCCGGUGUUCCGGGACAGGGCACACGAAACAUGCAAUCUCCUUCGUACAACUCCAAAUACGCGGCAUCUCUUCCCGCGCUCGCGGGCCAACUCUCCAGCGUAUCCGGAGACCCAACGGGGGUUUUGAACCUCUUGCUCGCCAACGAAGACUACGACUUCGGCUCCGGGGCAUGGUUCCUGACCACACAGUGCUCGGCUAGUGUGCGGUCUCAGUUGCAGUCGGGGUCCGAGGCAGGCUGGGCGGCAUACAUCACCGACUGCGUGGGGACCAAUGCCAACGACGAUAGAAAAGCAUACUGGACGCGGGCGACGCAAGCCUUGGGUGUUUCUACCUGA